AUGACUUUCGCAAGCCUCCACACCAUGAACGUCUCGAACACCAUUAUGGAGAAAGUAAUCGUGACGGAAAUCUACUCCUUGGCUGAGGACUUGCCUUACAUCACUCGUAUCCUGACGGAGUGGUAUGGAAGAGGUACUCUCAGACUACCUCUCGAUGGCUGGAGUGAGCGGCGAACCAAUCUCACGGGGCUACACCUGAGAUGUGUCACUAUGCCGCAAGAACCCUUUAUCUACGUGUCCGAGCCAAACGACCAGCUCAAAGUGCAACUCUUGGGCGGAUAUGCCAGAGACGUCUUUAAGGCACUGCAAGAAAAGUUGGGAUUUUCGUACACGUGUCGGCUGCCCCCCGACUACAAGUGGGGAUCCCUGGAGAACGGCGAGUGGAACGGCCUAAUGAAGGAGGUGGUGUCCGGUCGCGCUGACGUCGUGGUGACUUCGCUCGACCAUAACAGCGCCCGAGCGAAGGACGUCGAUUUCGCUAUCGGGCUUCGGAAAGUUGGGUACAGGAUGGUCACCCGCCGACCUGGCCUCAUGGACGAGACCUGGACGAGCUUCACGAGCGAACUCCUGCCAACGGCGUGGGCGGGGACGAUGGCCUUCGUGAUCCUGGCGCCCCCUUGCCUCGUUUUCUGCUCGCGCCUCUCGCCCUCAGAGACCGAGAAGGUCAGCUUCAAGGACGCCUAUAUCCUGGCCAUCGGCGCCUUCGCUAUCCAAGGCUCAUGGCUAGACGUGCGUAGUCUCUCCACCCGCAUUGUGUUCAUCACCAUCUUCCUGGCGACGUUGGUGGUGUAUGCCCACUACACCAGCGCCCUCGUGUCUCUCCUCACCGUCGCCUCCACCAGCGUCGGGUUCUCCAGCCUCCAGAGCCUCCUCGAGGAUGGCUCUUACCAGUUCGGAUUCAUGAGUGGCACUUCACUCGAGGACGAGUUCAAAAACGCCAAACAACCAAUCAUCCGCGACGUGUGGCAACAGCUGAUCGCCCCGAACCCCGAUAACUUGGCCGUCUCCGAUCGCGCUGGAGUAAAGAGGGUAAUACAAGGCCGGUACGUUUACAUGAUGGAGGAAAAUAUCUAUCGAUCAAUGUUUCCCAACCAGUGCGACACCCAGCUGCUUCGAGGCCAAUACUUCACCACAGAGACGGGCUUUGCUGUACCGAAGGGGUCGCCGCUUAAGGAAAUCUUUGACAAUCAGCUGAUGCGCAUGCGUGACGGCGGAGUGCUGAGCCGGUCGUGGAAGCGCUGGCAGCCUCCGCCCCCCCUCUGCACGGCGCCGCCCGUCGUGGCCCUCAACCUGCACCACCUUUUCACCGCCUUCCUCCUCCUGCUCCUCGGGGUCGUCGCUGCCCUGGUCUUCCUGCCUUGCGAGAAGUUGCACUGGAACUUCGUCGGGAAGGAGAAGGCGCAGCGGCACGGCCUGUCGAAACCCUCCAUGGGCGCCCUUCCUCCCGCCGAAACUAGACUCCGCCCCGGGCCUUUGGGGGGCGUCUGGCACAGCGGCGGGAGUGCCAGUGCCAGAGGACCCGCCAUGCUGGAGGAUCCUGACCCGACUUCCACGGCCUACCCGGCGUUCCAGGGCGCCACCUACGGCUUCACCUAA